AUGAGAGAAGAUCAGCGAACAGAGACUCCCUCAGCCAACGAAUCAACUGGGUAUGAAUCAAGCUUACCAGACAUGAACCAGCCAGGCACGAUCUUACUUGGUAUGAACCAAUUGGACAUGAACCAACCAAGCCUGAGUCAACUAGGCAUGAGGCAAACAGUCGUGAGCCAAUCAAGCACGACCCAAUCAAGCACAAGUCAGCCAGGCCUGAGUCAAUCAGGCAUGAGUCAACUGCAACCAGGCCUGAGCCAAUCCAGCAUGAGUGAACCAGGUAUGAGGCAACCAUGCCCAAGCCAAUCCAGCACGAAUCAACAAGGCAUGAGGCAACCAGGCCCAAGCCAAUCCAGCACAAGUCAACCAGGCCCAAGCCAGUCAGGCACAAGCCAAACAGGCAGGAGACAAUCAAGCAUGAGGCAACCAAGUGUGAAUUCUUUCCGAGAAUUGGCUGCCUGUGAAAACAUGCUAGAUGCAAUGAAGUUAACAGCAAAGGAUGUACUCAGGGGUGGCUUUGGGGACAAUCCCCUUUUCUACUGCUUGAUUGCAGAAGUACACAAUCAUCAAAAACCAUCAGGCAAAGUGACUGUUGGAUUUGCCAUGUACUACUUUACAUACGACCCCUGGAUUGGCAAGUUACUUUACCUAGAGGACCUCUAUGUCAUACAAGCUUACCGAGGUCUAGGUAUUGGAGCUGAAAUGCUGAAGAGGCUAAGUCAGAUAGCCAUCAGAAGCCAGUGAAACUGCAUGCACUUUCUGGUCGUCAUUUGGAACCAGGCUUCUACUGACUACUACACUCGUCGAGGGGCUUUAGAGCUUUCCUCCGAGGAGGGCAGGCAUCUGUUCAGGUUUAACAGAGAAGAACUCAUGGACAUGGCAGGGGAAGAGUGA